CCGCUCUUUCUCUUUUCUUGUCCACCGCUUCGUCCUCUUCUCUGAAACAAGACAGCGUUACAACCUCCCCCACUCUUUUUCUUUCGCUCUAUCCAUAUACCAAUAGAGGCACAACCCAGCUUACGGCUCUGUGUGAUAUAUAUUCUAUAAUAACUAUAUCUAAUUAAAUGCAAACCACCUCGCCCCAGCCUAUCGCUGCGACGAACGCACCACCUGUUCGAGUUACCACCACCACCGCCACAACAACAACAAAGAACACUAUUAGCAACCGUGAGAAGACACAGAGUUUCGAUUAUGUUCUACGAUCAGGACUUGCCGGCGGAAUGGCAGGGUGCAUGGGGAAGACGGUAAUCGCACCGUUAGAUCGUGUAAAAAUUCUAUUUCAAGCACGGAAUCCUGUUUUUGAUAAAUAUGCUGGCACGUUUUCGGGUGUUUUCAAAGCCGGACGAGAUAUCGUAAAGGAUGCGGGCGUGGUUGGAUUGUUUCAGGGCCAUUCUGUCACGUUGCUUCGUAUUUUCCCAUAUGCAGCAAUCAAAUUUGUUGCAUAUGAACAAUUCCGUGCAAUAUUAAUGCCGUCUAAAGCCCAAGAAACUGCAGGACGCCAGUUUACAGCAGGAUCUAUGGCUGGCGUCACCUCGGUUUUAUUUACAUACCCGUUGGAUUUACUGCGUGUGCGCAUGGCAUACGAAGUGAAACAAGUCAACAAGGCGCGUCCAGGCCUCUUGUCAACAUGCGCCCACAUCUACAACGAACCAGCUGCAGGACGGACUGGAGGUUUUUCGUGGAAGCUGAUGAACUUUUAUCGAGGAUUCUUACCCACAGUCGCGGGGAUGGUUCCGUAUGCAGGCAUAUCUUUCUGGACACAUCAUCUCGUAACUGAGUUUUGUCGGUUCAAUCCAUCAGUCACACUGUGGGCACAUGCACCUCUCGAUUUCGAUCCACAUAGCAAAGACCUGACACCUGCACAGCGACGGAAAGUGGAAAAGCCGCCAUUGAAUACAUCGGCCGAAUUGAUAUGCGGUGGCAUAGCUGGGUUGGUGGCACAAACAAGCAGUUAUCCACUUGAAGUGAUUCGUCGACGUAUGCAAGUUGGCGGGUUACUGAACCCGGAAGUGUUUGUCAGCUUUAUGGACACGGUCAAGGAUAUUUAUCGCGUCAAGGGCUUCAAGGGUUUCUACGUUGGGUUGAGCAUCGGUUACAUCAAGGUUGUGCCGAUGGUGGCUGUCAGUUUUACAGUAUAUGAUCGUAUGAAACAUGCUUUAAAUAUAGAAUAGCAUAUCAUCAUUCCCUUUUUUACGCACAACACAUCCCACACAUUCAUCCGCCUGAUACCUACUUCUUCCAUAUUAAUUCGCUGGAGUGCUCACUCUAACUCUUGUGUACUAUAUCUCCCUCCCCCUCACCAUCGUUCUUCUCUAAUCCUUUGUAAAAUAUAACCGUUUUUUUUCCUGUCAAUAGCAUGCUUUUCCUGGUAAAGAAAAAGAAAAGAGCAGCGGAGCGAUUCCUAUUGGCUUACCAAGAAUCAGGUCAGGUCAGAAAGGGAACAAAAAAAACAUAAAUGCUGGUUUUUUUGACAGCACCCA